CCAAGUUCAGUACGUGAGACUUUGCAUGCUAGCUCGGGAACAACAACAACACCACCACCAAGACGGGGGGGCAAGUUAGGUGCGUUUUUGUGUGAUUUUCUUUAUUUUGAACACCUUGUUGGUCGAGGAGGACUUUUGUGUACAUCCCCGAUGGAGCACGGCUGACUUUUUACGAGCUGAACCCUUCCACGACUGCUACAAAGUAGAAGAAAAGGACUCGGAUGCUAAAGUAUCUGGAUUCUUGAAGAAAGAUGAUUUCCUGUAAAAUUCAACCAGGAGUCUGCAGAGCUUGGCUGAUUCGUGUGACAUCCAGACAGGAGCUCAGUUUGUCCACCUAUGUGGGCCCGCAGCCGGUGCCCCCUCUGGGUCAGACCCUGCAGGGCUACCUGAAAGGUCUGGAGCCCCUGCUGCCUCCGGAGGAGCUCAGCCACACCCGCAGAAUGGUGCAGGAGUUCGGCCGGCCCGGUGGUCUCGGUGCACAACUUCAGAGACGCCUGGAGAAGCGAGCCAGGCACACCAAGAACUGGAUCUCAGACUGGUGGGUGCAGUGGGCCUACUUGGAGAGCCGACUGCCGUUGCCCGUGCACUCGAACCCGGCUAUCUCUCUCCCCAGGAGAGAUUAUAACGGUUGGAGGGGGCAACUGUUGUUUGCAUCCAAACUGAUAGCAGCAGUGCUCGAUUUUAAGGCCAAAAUGAACACUGGACAGCUGCCAGUGGAGUACAUGCGAGGAAAGCCUCUAUGCAUGGAUCUCUACCCCCUCCUCUUCUCCUCGUGUCGCAUCCCGGGACCCAAGCACGACUACAUCGUCCAUCACGGCACCCACCGCCGGUCACCAACACACAUCACCGUGGUCAGGAACUAUCAGUUCUUCCAGCUGGAGGUAUACAACAGUGACGGUUCCCGUCUGACGGAGAGUCAAAUCCAUGAGCAGCUGUUGAGGAUCAGGUCUCAGUCCUGGAAGACCGACAAGGAACCGAUGGGCAUCCUAACCAGCGAGCACCGCCACACAUGGGGACAGGCCUACAACCGCCUGAUAAGAGAUAAACUCAACCAGGAAUCGGUGGGGGCAAUAGAGAAGGGUCUUUUUUCUCUGUGUCUGGAUUCGCCUGUCAUGAGGAUAUCAGAUGAGAAGUAUGCCAGCCGUAAAGCGGCUCAGGUCCUGCAUGGAGGCGGGACUUUCUCCAACAGCGGCAACCGCUGGUUCGACAAAACUCUGCAGUUUGUGGUGGGCGAGGACGGCUCCUGGGGGCUCCUGUACGAACAAGCCACGGCCGAAGGUCCGCCCAUAGCAACCCUACUGGAUUACAUCCUGCACUACUGUGAGAAUCCCGAUCCAAGGAGAGCGCCGCUGGUCCCGCUUCCAAUGCCCAAGAAGCUUUACUUCCACAUUGAUCGAGACAUCAAGCGUGACAUAGAGCACGCUAAGCAGAACCUUGAUAUACUGAUCAAUGACCUGGAUGUCAACGUGUUUAACUUCAAGAAGUUUGGCAAAGAUCUUCCCAAGCAGCACAACCUGAGUCCAAACUCCUUCAUCCAAGUGGCGUUGCAGUUGGCCUACUACAGAGUUCACAACGAGGUGUGUCCCACUUGCGACAUCGCCUCUCAGAGGAUGUUUCGAAAAGGAAGGACGGAGUACAUCCGCUCGCCCACGAGCAAUGCUCUUAAAUUCAUCCUCUCCUUUGUUGAUGCAUCCGUGUCGCGUGAAGCCAAAGUCCAGCUGUUCAGAGAAGCAGUUGAAGCCUACUCAGCUUUGACGAACCAGGUACUUAAAGGACACGGUAUAGACCGACACCUUCUGGGACUUAAGCUGCAGGCCAUCGAAGAGGGAUGGAGUGUUCCCAAAAUCUUCAUGGAUACCGCCUAUGGUCUGGCAACACACUGGAAACUCCGUACCGGCCAGGUGCCUGCAAAUACAGACAGUGUGAUGUGUUUUGGGCCACUAGUUCCCGAUGGUUAUGCCGUAUGUUACAACCCACAGUCAGACCACGUCCACUUUUCUAUAAUUGCCUUCAACUGCUGCGAGGAGACAAAUGCAGAAAUAUUGGGUGUGACCCUGAGGGAGACCUUGUGCCAAAUACAGGAGUUACUUGAACCCACCGUGGAGAUCUAAGAUCCUUCCAAAUUUGACUCCUGGAAGAUGAAAACAAAACAUGUACAAUUGCUCAUUGAGAAUGGAUUUUUCUUAUGCAUGCCACUCGGUAUUAUGUAAGAUUUGCUUUGUCCAAAAAUGAAUCACUCCAGCAUUAAUCACAGCCAAAGCUUUUCUAUAUAUAUGUUGCACUAACCACCAUUCCAAAAUGAUUACUGUAUGAAUUACUUUGUGUUUAAGAUUAGGACCAAAAAGGUGUGUGUUGGUGUUUAAGUCAAGGUUGUGUAGCUUAUGUGACCUGGUUUUUCAGGCGUGCUUGUUGCUCAACUUAAUAAAGUUCACGUUAUUGCACUGGCGAGGUUGUUGGUGGCGUGGAAUUAUUGCCAAAUUUACACGUACAGGAUAUGAAAUCCAGCCUUGCUGACCAGUAAGAUUAAGAAUUAUGACAAUGAAUGUUCAGGGUGAUUAAUU